AACAGCCGAAAUGGAGGAGAGUCAAACAUCGGAAAGUGUCGCCGUGCUACCGGACAUGUCCGAACCGUUGACGAGCGAAACCGAGGAUGCGUCUGCCCUAAAGGUCGAGCACGAGGAGCAUACCGUCGCCGUGACGGCGAGCGUCACUCCGGUACCGGGUGUUCCUGGUGUUCCAGGAGUUGGUGUACCGGUUUCUUUACCCGUUGGUUCUAUCAUUGGUGUAGCGAACUCGACCAACGGCACGACCUUCAACGUCAUCACAUCAGACCAACUACAGUUGCCCGGAUCAGGUCAGUUUAAGCAGAUGCUAUGUGUAGAUAAUGGUUUCAUUUGUGAACCACGGCAUGACAAGGACACGGAUUCUUUACGUUGGAAUGGUGAAUUAAAAGCAACGCAUAUAGUAAUCCAAAAUAGUACAGAAGAGCCAGAAUCAGAACAGAUUCAUGUCUCUACUGCUAAUACUCAACCAAUAUGCAGUUGGUCAGAAUCCGCUAAUUUAGCAGUAUUACCUGUUAGAUGUAAAAAUACAAAUGCUGAGUUGCAUAAAAGUAGAUUUGGAUCUGGGGGAAGAGGAAGAUGUAUUAAACUUGGGCAAGACUGGUACACACCAAGUGAAUUUGAAGCAUACUGUGGGAGGGCAUCCAGUAAAGAUUGGAAACGCAGUAUUAGAUUUGGUGGUAGAAGUUUGCAAACAUUAAUUGAUGAGCAAAUUUUAAAGCCACAUGCUACUUCUUGCACCUGUGCAGCAUGUUGCGAUGAUGACAGUGCAACAGGUCCUGUAAGAUUGUUUACACCAUACAAACGUAGAAGAAGGGCUAGAGAUACAUCUGAUGGAGAAACACCAUCGCGUAAACUUAAAAGUGAUACUUCGCGCGAUGGCAGUAAUAAUGACGAAAGCGAUAGUGAAGUUGUAGUACCUGAUAAAGAAGUAUGGCCUCAAUUUGUUUCAACAGAUGGUUUAGUUGUACAACAGCCGCAAGAUCAAGAUACCGUUGUUCAAAAUGUACAUCAAACGGAAAAUGGACAAAGCGACGAUAUAUUUAAAAAGCUCGACGAAAUGUCCAAUAAAAUGUUAAAGUUGGCUUAUGAAUUUAGACGUACAUUAGAGGAAGCUAAGGAAGUAAACAGACAACAAAGAAGAGAACAGGCUCUAGUGGCGCAAUUAGGUGGUAGAGGGGAUGUUAUUGAAACUGUUGGUUUACAACCAGCAUCGGAUACUCAUAACAAAAAGUGUGCCAACUGUAAUAGAGAAGCAUUUGCGGAAUGUUCGUUAUGUAGGCGAACGCCUUAUUGCUCCACGUUUUGUCAACGUAAAGAUUGGGCAGGUCAUCAAGUGGAAUGUGUGAGAGGUGCUGCAGAAACUGUAAUGCUUAUAGUUGAAAGCAGUAGUGGAGAUACUAGUGCACUUGCUACGACUGCUGGGGACCAAUAGCUAGUGUUCCUCACACCUAUUCACCAAAGUAACAUAGGAACUGAACAAACUAUCUUAGAAACUUCGAAAUUGAGAGAAGAGACGAAGACUUUAAAAAAAUCUGUUUAAUGACCAAUGAGUCAAAAAGUUUUGUAUAUAUAGUAGUAAAUAUUUUAUAUAUAUACAAGAGUUAAAUUGUAACGAUAUUAUUAAGUAAAUAAGCAAAUUUACACUAAAGUUGAAAUUUUUUAAAAUCAAGAUUCAAAAUUAUGCUAUAUACAAAUGAAAGAUCAUAAAUCAAAUAAUUGUAAAAAUAAACAACAACGUGCACGUGUAUAUAUGUAUACUACUACGUAUUUUGAACGUACAGAUACACGCGCACACGUUUAUGCGUGUUUAUGCGUAUGUUGUAUCACGCAUGAUAAAAUAUACUUUUAUGAAUCA